CAACAUUAUACCCACUACUCUAUAGUGAGAGAAAGUGAUGGAAAAAGCAGAUGGGUCCAUGUUCCUCAACCGCAUGACAUCCAAUUGAAGUUGCUUUGCAGGAGUGGCAACCUAGGGUUCCAACUCGAUUGCUUUUCAGAUCUCGGAAUUGGUUGACAUUUCUUGAAUUUGUAGUUGAUUGAUGGUUCUGUCGUUUAUGUUCUUCGCGAUUGGUUUUUACCGUCUGUGUCUAAAUUGGUGAACUUGGUCUGCAUGUUACCUUACCAUUGAAUGAAAAUUGAGUAACCUUUUAAGCCUGUUUUCUUUUUCAUAGCUCAGACUUGUUUAGUUGCUCUUUUUGCUAGAUCUAAUUGACCGAUUGUAACUGGAAAUGCGUAGAUUUUUUUUUUCUUUUUUCUUUUUCGGCAGUGUGAUAUGUAUAGGAGAAGCAACUAGUUAAAUUUCAUCUUGUUGACGUGACGAUAUUGUGUUAUUUCAAACACUAAUGAAAUUGGAUUCAAACAGUGGCCCUUUGGGAUGAUUAAAUUCAAAUUUCAAGUCAAUAGAAUUUAGAGCUGUAACAUUUCCAUUAGUCAACAAUGGGGAAGUCUCCUGGAAAGUGGAUCAAGACUGUGUUUUUUGGGAAAAAGUCGUCUAAAUCUAAUCUCUCAAAAGAUGCUACUUCAGAAAUAAAAGUAUCCAUCACUGGUAAAACACCAUCAAACAAUUUUGGUGGUGAUUCAAUGAUCAUCUCAAGUCCAGUGCGCCCUGUAAUUGAUUCAAGUGAUCAUACAGAACUUGAAAAGAGCUCAAGUGCUAACUUAAUAACUGAUACACCUGAAAAUCUAACAAGUCAUAUGGACUUAACUGCUAUAACUGGUGAGGAGUUGAUCAAACUAGAACAAGCUGCCACAAAGGCACAAGCUGCUUUCAGGGGCUAUUUGGCUCGAAGGGCAUUUUGGGCACUCAAGGGUAUCAUAAGGCUUCAAGCCCUAGUUCGUGGUCAUUUAGUUAGAAGACAAGCUGUUGCUACUUUGAAAUGUAUGCGUGCAAUUGUUGAGUUCCAAGCAUUGGCUCGUGGUCGAAAAGUCAGACUUGGUCAACCCCUUCAAAAACACCCUUCAAGAGAAUUUCUGAAUAAGAAACCAUCCGAGUUGCUUCAAACAUCCAUCAAACAAGAAAAACUGUCAACAAAUGUGUUUGCCACUAAGCUUGUUGCUUCAUCGAACACUACAAUGCCAUUAAGCUUCCAGUAUGAACCAAGUGAACCAAAUUCAGUCAAAAACUGGCUUGAAAGAUGGUCAAAAUCCCACUUUUGGGACCCACUGCCACAACCGAAAAAGUCAACCGAAUCAAAACCUAAAAGAAAGCAGACUAAAUUGCAAAGUGAAGAAACGGAAACAGGGAAGCCAAAAAGAAGUGUCCGGAAAGUUCCUGAUAACAAUUUAUCAAAUUCAUCUGAAAAUGAAAAAUCCAGAAGAACAGUGAGAAAAUUCUCAAACCACCAAUCAGAAGCAGUUCAAGAACAAUCUAUUAAUGAACUUGAAAAAGUCAAACGCAAUUUAAGAAAAAUAUCCUUAUCCACUUCUGAAAAAUCAGAAACCGAGACUGAAAAGACAGAAAUACCCCUACAAUCCCCAAUUCAUGAAACAAAGUCAAAAACAAACGGUUCAUAUGUGGAAAGUGUUGUUAAAGAUCCUGAAGCGGUUAUGGUUAUAGAAAAUAAAGCGGUUGAUGAUGUGGAAGUGAUACAAAUUGAACAGCCACCUCCUCCCAUUCCCAUGGAGCCAUUGUCAUCCAUGGAAGCUAAUAAUGAAGAACCUGCAAAUGUGGAGGUGGUAAAUGGGAAAGAAGAGAAUAAUGGUGUGAGUGUGAAUGGGAAGGAAAGUCAGAAAACAAGGAGGAGAAAAUCUUUACCUGCAAAACAAGAAUAUAAUCAUGAGAGUGUAUCACAGACCACACCUACCUUACCCAGUUACAUGGCGGCUACUGAGUCAGCAAAGGCCAAGCUUAGAGCACAAGCGGCGGCAGAGGCGGCUGAGAAUGGCGGUAGGCGGCAGUCUUUACCCUCCUCCGGUGGGAAACCGAGUCUGCCUUCACCACGUAUUCAGAAGCCUGUAGUGAAUGGGAAAGGAGGGAGUAAACCUAGCAAAUCACAGAUAUCACCUAGAGAUGAGAAAGUCAUGCAGGCGGGGUGGAAGAGAUGAGACAAUGUGAUGGUUUGGUUGGUUGGUUGGUUGGUUCUUAUUGUGCGAACUUUUGUGUUGUGCUAAAUUGUUAUAUUAGGAGGGCAUUAAGAGAAUAACUGAUGUUUGUUUUUGGGGGUGUUAAUGUUAUUGUUAUUGUUAUUGUUAUAGUUGAUGUUUGAAUGUAUAGUUAUGAACUAAAAGAUGAUUUGGAGGUG